AUGAAAUAUUCUCAACUUGUUACAUUUGUCAGUCUACUUUUGAUCAUAGCAUUUGCUCAGAGUCGAAUUCUUAAUUAUGAAGAGGCUGCUAUGAUCCAUGACGGUGAGUGGCCGGAAAUGGAUAAUCUAUUGAUAGAUAAAUACCCCAAUGAUUAUGAAGCUGCACAUUGGAGAAAAUAUGAAGCGCAGCAGUUUCUGAAUCCGACAAAGAAGAGCACGAGUUUGAAACGUUUGGCUCUUUUGAGUGCUCGAGGUUUCGGGAGACGAUAA